AUGCACUAUUCGUUUGACUAUGCCCAACAAGUGCAUAUACCGAGUAAUCCAAUGCAGCCUGGCCCAAUCUACUUCAAGACGCCACGAAAAUGCGGGAUAUUCGGUGUUGCAUCUGAAGCUGUUCCCCGGCAAGUAAACUUCUUGAUAGAUAAAGCUGUAUCAGUUGGAAAAGGAGCGAAUUCAACCAUUAGUUACUUGCACUAUUUCUUAGAGCAUCAUGGCUUUGGCGAAACUGAUGUGCAUUUUAACGCAGACAACUGCGGUGGGCAAAACAAGAACAAUUUCUUUUUGCGGUAUUUGUCUUGGAGAGUUGCAAAUCAUCUUCAUAGAACAAUUAUAUAUUCAUUUCUCCUAGCGGGUCACACUAAAUUUGGCCCAGAUCGUGUUAUACGAAUUAGGGUCAGUCGUAGAAACAUCAAGUUCCAUCGGCUUCAAUAAAGCCCAGCUUGUGGGAACACACGAUGGUAAAGUCAUUGUUCCUGUUUACGAUUGGUCUGCAUUUCUUGGUCAAUACUUCAGAAAGCUUCCCAACAUCACAAAAUUCCAUCAUUUUCGUUUUGCCUUAGACGAAUCGGGAAUUGUUUAUUACAAAGCCUUCGUAACUUCAGAGGAACAAAAAAUGAACUUAUUGAAAAAGGCGACCUUUUUGCCGCCGUCUGAUCUUCCGGCAAAGGUCAUGCCAAAUGGUUUAGAUGCAGAGAGGCAGAACUACCUUCUUAAGGAAAUUAGACAGUUUUGCAAACCAAGAACUGAGGACCUUGUUGCUCCGUCUCCGGACUUAAACUUAUGA